AUGGCACCAAACCCCAUAACCCAACAUACCACCUACAACCCUGCCGCCGUCGAAACAAUCUCCAAGCGACCCCAGAAGCGCAUCGAGAUCGUCGAGCCCGACCCUAAAUGGCCCGCUGCCUUUGCUGUCAUCAAAGCACGCAUCGAAGCUGCAUUAUCUCAAGACAACCUUCUCUACAUCCAACACGUUGGAAGCACCAGUGUUCCCAACUUGCCCGCAAAGGCUGUCAUUGAUAUCGAUGUAGUUGUCGCCGAUCCCACAGCAGAAGAAAUGUAUGUCCCCGCACUUGAAAAUGCUGGGUUCCAGUUCCUCCUCCGCGAGCCCACGUGGCAUGAGCACCGGCUGUUUGGAUGCGACGACCCUUAUGCCAACGUCCAUGUCUUUGGGCCUGAUAGUCCUGAGGUUGUAAGGCACAGGCUCUUUCGAGACUGGCUGAAAGACCCGAGGCAUGAAGAUGAUAGGGAGUUAUAUGUCAACAUUAAACGGCAGGCGGCAAAUGAGAGUCGCAAAUCAGGGGAGACGGUGAUGGAGUAUAAUGACCGGAAAGAGCCCGUCAUUAGGGAGAUCUUGAAGAAGGUGUAUGAGGCACAUGGGUUGCUGGGGGAUGAGUCGACGAACACCUAG